UCAUAAUGGUCUUGCUAGAACUGGCACUAAACUUAAUUACUCAUGUUCAAAAGCAGAAGAUAAUGAUUCAAGGAUGUGCAAAUCAUUAAAACACAUAAACACACAAUCUAGAGUGCAAGCAAUGACAUUAAAUUGUCAGAAACAGCCGUCGACAGGGGUAAAGGGCACCCCUCCUCCUAUAUAUACACUGCUAAAUGUAGAUGGAGAGGCAUGCGGUGUUCAGUUACAUCCCUCGCAUGCUUAAAUUAGAGGUUGAGGCUAAAAAUAAACAGAUGGGGUUGAUGAGCUCAAUGUGCAGGUUGAUUCUCGUUACAACAAUAAUACUGGCGGCUCACCAGUUUUCUAUUUCCAGUUCUCUCCCCAUUGGUGUUUGCUAUGGACUAAAUGGGAAUAACCUUCCACCUCCAAGUGAGGUGGUAGGUCUCUAUAAGAGAUCUGGAAUCGAAUUCAUUAGACUUUACGAGCCGAGAUCUGAUGUGCUUGAAGCAUUGAGAGGAUCAGGACUUGCUGUUGCUUUAUGUCCUACAAAUGAAGACUUGGCAAACAUUGCUCAAAGGCCUGAUGCAGCCGACGCGUGGGUCAACACAAAUAUCGCCCCUUACAUGAGUGAUGUGCUAUUUCGUUGGAUUAUAUUAGGCAAUGAAGUGAUCCCAGGCCCGCUUGCCAAUUACGUCCCCGCAGCAAUAGCCAACACCCGCAAUUCACUUGCAGCAAUCGGGCUGGCUAAUGUCACAGUGACGACUGCAAUACCAGGAAAUGCACUUGAAGCCUCCUACCCUCCAUCGGCUGGCGCUUUCAGUAGCGAUGUAACUGAUGUUAUGAUCGCUGUUGCUGGCAUCUUAGCCAGUUCUGAUGCACCACUCAUGAUCAAUGUGUAUCCUUAUUUUGCCUAUGCCUCAAAUCCAUCACAAGUUCCCGUGGACUAUGCCUUGUUUGCUGCAACCACUCCUGUGGUGACCGAUGGGAGCUUCCUCUAUUAUGAUCUCUUCGAUGCCAUGGUUGAUGCGUUUCAUGCUGCGUUGGAAAAAAUUGGCUAUCCUGGUUUAAGAGUUGCCAUAGGGGAGAGUGGAUGGCCAAGUGCUGGGAAUGAUCCUUACACAAGCAUUGAUAACGCAAUGAUUUACAAUCGGAACCUAGUGAAUCAUGUGCUGACAAACGGGACGCCAAGGAGGCCGGGAGAAAUCAUGGAAACGUUCCUGUUCGCAAUGUUCAAUGAGAAUCUGAAACAAGGCGCAGUUGAGCAAAACUUCGGCUUCUUUUAUCCGAACAUGAAUCCAGUCUAUCCGUUUUGGUGAAAUGGUUGCAGUAUUUGUUGGGAAACGACCACCUCCUUCUAAGACUUUGUAAUCAGACCAUUUUAGAGCAAAUAAAAAAACAAAAUAACAACAGUUUUUCAUGUACUCGUGGUUGAGUCAAAGCACUUCCAUUCUUGUGUGAAGAUAUUUGAGCUGGCAUCGGGAAGUAAUGGUUUAGUUGAAAUCUUUCUAAAAAGAAACUUUAAUUUUUCUAGUCAAAAUUAAUUAUUUAUAUAUUUUAAAAUUA